UCUCUCUCUCUGUGGGGCUACCUGUCUCUCUCUCUCGCUCUCUCUCUACCUGCUCCCCCCUCCCUCCCUCCGUCCCUCGGUCCCUCUCCUCCCCCCUCUCGGUGCGGACAUGCUCCCGGGGCUCCGGAGAUGAGGCUCCGAAAUGUCUCUUUCCUGACGGUCUUGUUGUUCGGGCUGUGCGGGCUGGUCUCUCUGUCCUGGUACACCGCCUUCAGCAGCUCCAGAGGAGAUGUGGUGGAUAUCUACCAGAGGGAGUUCCUGGCGUUGAGGGAGCGCCUGCACUCGGCUGAGCAGGAGAACCUGCGGCGCUCCAAAGAGCUGAAUCUGGUCCUGGAGGAGAUCAAGAGGGCCAUCGCCGAGAAACAGGCGCUGAGAGACAUCAACCGCACCUGGAGCAGCCUCUCCGAGGAGACGAGGCUGAAGUUGUGGAAUGUGAGCAGCAGUAAAAACGUCCUGCAGCUUCCCUCCAUCUUCCAUCAUCUUCCUCACCUGCUGAACCGAGAGGACAGCCUGCUGCCCGCUGUGCACCUGGGACAGGGACGCACCGGAGUCUCCAUAGUGAUGGGGGUUCCCAGCGUGAAGAGGGAGGUGCACUCCUACCUGACCGACACACUCAGCUCUCUGGUGUCAGAGCUCAGCGCCGCAGAGAAGGAGGACUGUGUGAUCGUCGUCCUCAUCGCAGAGGCCGACCAGCAGUACGCCAGCAGUGUAGCAGACAACCUGAAGCGCCUUUUUCCAGCAGAGAUUCAGUCGGGUCUGUUGGAGGUCGUCUCUCCGUCCGUCCACUUCUACCCUGACUUCUCCCGCCUCCGAGAGUCCUUUGGAGACCCCAAAGAGAGAGUCAGGUGGAGGACGAAGCAGAACCUGGACUACUGCUUCCUGAUGAUGUACGCUCAGUCUAAAGGAACGUACUACGUGCAGCUAGAGGAUGACAUAGUCGCUCGUCCGAACUACUUCACCACGAUGAAGAACUUUGCGCUGCAGCAGCCGUUGGAGGAGUGGAUGAUCCUGGAGUUUUCUCAGCUCGGCUUCAUCGGUAAGAUGUUUAAGUCUCUGGACCUGUCGCUCAUCGUGGAGUUCAUGCUGAUGUUCUACAAAGACAAGCCCAUCGACUGGCUGCUGGACCACAUCAUGUGGGUCAAGGUGUGCAAUCCAGAGAAGGAUGCGAAACACUGUGACAGGCAGAAAGCCAACCUGAGGAUCCGGUUUAAACCGUCUCUCUUCCAACAUGUUGGCACUCACUCCUCUCUGGCUGGAAAAAUACAGAAACUCAAGGAUAAGGACUUUGGGAAACAGACCCUCCAUAAGGGUCACGCCAACCCACUGGCUGAGGUGACGACCAGCCUGAAGACCUACCAGCACUUCACCCUGGAGAAAGCCUACCUAGGGGAGGACUUCUUCUGGGCCUUCACCCCUGUAGCGGGGGACUUCAUACGGAUACGAUUCUUCACACCUGUUCGCAUUGAGAGGUAUUUCUUUAGGAGUGGAAACAUCGAACAUCCAGGCGACAAACUGUUCAACACAUCAGUGGAGGUUCUGCCAUUUGAUAAUAUCCAGGCAGAGAAAGAGGCCUUGACAGAAGGGAGAGAGAAAACACCAAAGUACCAUCGGACAGAAGACGGAUUCAUCAGAAUAGGAACCUUCCAGAAGGGGAUCGCAGAGGGGGAGGUGGACCCCACCUUCGGGCCCCUGGAGGCCAUGCGUCUCUCAGUGAUCACGGACUCCCCCGUCUGGGUGAUCCUCAGCGAGAUCUUCAUAAAGAAAGCAGAGUGAAGCUCCUCUCCCCCCUCAGCGAUACCUCAGCAUCUCCGAGCGUUCAGCCGAGCUCACCAGAGGCUCGUCGGCUGCCGUCCUGCUCACCAGAUCCCCACCGCGGUGCCACAGCGCUGCCAUCUGGCCAGACUUCGUCACUGCAGGGCCGAUCAGAUCAGAGACUGAAGACACACUGCUCAUGACAACAGGCUGAGUGGGAAACACCUGUCUGACACGACAUGCAAAAAGAGAAACUCCUCUCAGAUGAUGCUGUAAUUAAUCCCGAAGAGUCUGUAUUUAUGUGUACAUACAGUAAGUAAAUGUUGAAAACACUGGUCGUUGUGGAGGCGGUGGCGAGAGCGCCGCGCCACCUCUAACGAUGAAACUGCUGCUUCAAAGACUCGACGGCCUCUUUGUAUCUGCAGAGUACAGUCGGUCCGGACCUUUCUACCAACACUGUCCCACCAGUAUACCCCACAGUAACCAUGUAUGUGCAUAUAUGCAUAGAGAUGUACACACUCUCAUAUGAAUGCCCUCUCAGUGUGUUGAUAUGUGUCUGUAGUUGCUGCUCGGGGUUCAGACCUUUUCCCUCCAUCUGUGAGCGAUUUGCCUUAAUGAAGACGAAGAGCAGAUUUACUUCAAGCAGAAACGAGCCCCAGACUGAAACAUGUAGCCACAAAAAUACCCAGAAUCCUUUGCUGCGACCUCGGACCUUCUCACAUCUUUGUGGCUUGAAACUACUGAUGUUGACAGCUGACACUUUGCUUUUUUAAUCAAGUCUUUUAAAGUUGUUUUAAGUUAACUGAGGCCUUGUCACUGAUGACUUCCCUGUUCUACAGUACAGUACUGUCAUGUACUUCACAGUACUCUGACGAACUCUAAAGUACUGUCAUGUACUUCACAGUACUCCUACAUACUCUAAAGUAUUCUGACAUACUUUACAGUAGUCUAAUGUACUCUACAGUACUCUAAUGUACUUUUCAGGACUUUAAUGUACUCUAGAGUACUGUGAUGUACUCUACAAUACUCUAACGUACUCUACAGUACUCUGAUAUACUUAACUGUUCUCUAAUGUAUCUCUACCGUACUAUACAAUACUAUGCAGUACUGUAUUGUACUACACUAUACUCUAGUUUCCACUGCUGUGCUCUGAUGUACUUCACUGUACUGUAGUUUUCCAUUCCAGUGCAAAAAUUGAGAUUCUCAUCUUUUCUUGUAUUUCUCUCAUUUUCAGUCUCUCGUUGGCACCUUUGCUAAUAAAUAGUAUAAAAUUCUAAAGUUCUUCCAAUAGUUUGAUUUUCAUUUCUCUGUGAAGACGCCGUCUUUUUCCUCUGGACUCAUGUCGGCUUUCGUAAUCCUCAUUUGUGCCCUUUUCAAACUUCUUCUGUUCCCUCAGUUCUGUAUUUGUUGUCCUCAUAUGAUGCCGUCGUCUCCACACACACCUGACCGAAUGGAUUUAACCAAGUUUGAUCUGCAGUUUGACACUGAAUGGUUUAAAAUAUAUUUUGUGUGAGUGAGUACUUUAGGUCUGGGUCUGUGAGGAUAUUUCAGACAGCAGUGUCCUUCCAACAGUGCUUGUUCGAUUCUUUCCUGGUCUCUGCACAGAGCUGCUCCACAAACAAAUACUUGUCCCAGUUU